CCCACCCACCCCUAGCGAGGAGCGGGAGAAUCCCUCUCUCCUCUCCCCACCCCUAGAAUCCUCUCCACUCGGACCCUUGGGAUCUUUCUUCUGCUUCCAACCCACAGCAUCAGACUCCCGGAACCCUGCGUCUUUCACAACCCCCUAUCUUCUACCCUUCCCCACCCUGCAGAAAUCCCAGAAUCUUGCAUUCUGCUAACCCAUAACGUCUCUUCUCUGCACAUCCUCUCUCCCGAAAUCCAGAAUCUUCCAUUCUUCAGAAUCUCCAACAUCCUCUCCCCCCCCCCAGUAUCUUUUCCCCUCCAGAAAUCCCCAGAUCUCCAUCUUUUACGAUUCCCCAGCAUCUUCUUCCCCAGAAAUUAACAGUUUCCCUUCCCAGAGUUUUCUUGAUUCCUCCACCGUUUUUUCCCUACCCUCCUGAGCCACAAAAUCUUUUCACAGAUCCUAUGCCUCACUAUGUUCUUCCCCUCACUUACAGAUAAAAAUUCACUCCACAAAGCUGUCUGAAUCCUCUUAGAGCAGCCACAUAGCCAAUCUUCCUUUCCUCUCCCCAAUCUCAGAAUCCUAUUUUCUCAACAACCACUUAGAAUCUUCUUCCCCACAGACUCUCCCAGACUUCUUCCCAAAGGACCCUACCUCAAAAAUCUCCCACCCAGACUCCUUUCUUUCCAUACAGAGAACUUUUUUCUGCCUUAGAAACAAUUCAACAAGCAUUAAGCACCUUCAUGCUAAGGACUAGGACUUUGGGAAGGGAACAAUCAUUUUUUAUAUGAUCUGUGCUAAGUAUUAGACUUGAUCCGCACAAUAAUUCUGGGAAAUAGCACCCAAUUUUAUAGGACAGAGGUUAAAUGACUUGCCUAGGGGCACACAACUAGGAUGUGUCAGGAGACUGGAUUUGCACUCCCAGGCCCUUAUCUACUCUAAAACUCUACUCACUAUGCUACCUAGAUAUCCCUAUCUUCAAAGAGCUAAUAACAUUCUCCUGGGGACAUUUUUCCUUUUUAAAUCCAUUAUUUUUAAAGCUUUACAAUAAAAUGUGAUACAGGUACCCCACCACUUACACAUGAGGAAACUGAAGCUAAAGGACUCAACUUUAACACUCUGCUAUAUUUUUAAGCCUGUUGAUAAGAGAAAACUACUUCCCCAUCCUCUUGCCUUCCAAGAAUCUUCCUCUUCCCACCUCCUCUUUCUCCAGACUCCACCAGGAUUUUCUUCGUCUUCCCCCACCAAAACCCUCAAAUUUCUCCCCACCCUAAUCCUCCUAUAUGCAACCCUCCCAAAAUUGUAAAAUAACAGAAUUUCCAGUUGGAAAGGACUUUAGUCAUUUAGCCCAAUGGAAUCAAACUCAAACAGAAACAGAUCCCCACAGGUCUCAUAUUGCCAUAGAAAUUCACAAAUGAACAUUAUGUUGUUAUUUUUACUUAUUUUGUUCAAUAUUUUUCAAUUACAUAUUAAUCUGGUUCAGGCUGUACUCAGGAAUUUUACAAAUCAUGACUUUGAUACCUCUCAUCUAGUCCAGCUCUUUCAGUUUACAGAUGAAGAAUCUGAGGACCAAAGAGACUAAGGAGUUUGUCCAAGAUCACACAGAUACCUGUAGCCAGACCUAGACUCCAACAACAUGAGUCAAGAGUCCAAAGUGAACACCAAGGAAUCAUCUCCUCGGGCACCUUCCAAACCCAGGAAGUCAGUGCCUGUUUUGGAUCCAUCAGGGGACAAGUAUUAUUGGUGGCUCAACACUAUGGUGUUCCCAGUCAUGUACAACCUCAUAAUUCUUGUAUGCAGAGCCUGCUUCCCAGACCUCCAGCAUGGAUACUUGAUGGUCUGGCUGGUCCUGGACUAUAUAAGUGACCUGCUCUACUUAAUGGACAUUGUUGUGCGCUUCCACACUGGGUUCCUGGAACAGGGCAUCUUGGUACUGGACAAGGGUCAGAUCUCACAGCGCUAUGUGCGGACAUCAAAUUUCUUGUUGGAUAUAUUGUCCCUGUUGCCCACAGACUUGGCAUACUUGAGCUUGGGCCCCCAUACACCUACCCUGAGGCUCAAUCGUUUUCUUCGAGUUCCACGCCUUUUUGAGGCCUUUGACCGAACAGAAACCCGUACAGCAUAUCCCAAUGCCUUCCGAAUUGCCAAACUUAUGCUCUAUAUCUUUGUUGUCAUCCAUUGGAAUAGCUGUCUAUAUUUUGCAUUGUCACAAUACCUGGGCUUUGGGCGAGAUGCCUGGGUAUAUCCUGACCCAGCACAGCCAGGCUUUGAACGUCUUCGUCGCCAGUACCUCUACAGCUUCUACUUCUCUACCCUCAUCCUCACCACUGUAGGUGACACCCCCCUGCCAGCCCGUGAAGAAGAGUACCUUUUUAUGGUGGGUGACUUCUUGCUGGCUGUCAUGGGCUUUGCCACCAUAAUGGGUAGCAUGAGCUCAGUCAUCUACAAUAUGAACACAGCUGAUGCUGCCUUCUACCCUGAUCAUGCACUUAUCAAGAAGUACAUGAAGCUGCAGCAUGUCAACCGCCGACUGGAGCGUCGAGUCAUUGACUGGUACCAACACCUACAGAUUAACAAGAAAAUGACAAAUGAGGUGGCGAUUCUGCAGCACCUGCCUGAGCGCCUGAGGGCUGAGGUGGCUGUAUCUGUGCACCUGCCCACCCUUAGUCGUGUGCAAAUCUUCCAGAACUGUGAGGCCAGCCUCCUGGAGGAGCUCGUACUGAAGCUACAGCCCCAGACCUAUUCACCAGGAGAAUACGUGUGCCGGAAGGGCGAUAUUGGCCGUGAAAUGUACAUCAUCCGAGAGGGCCAGUUGGCCGUGGUGGCUGAUGACGGUGUUACUCAGUAUGCAGUGCUGGGUGCCGGACUUUACUUCGGGGAGAUCAGCAUCAUAAAUAUCAAAGGGAAUAUGUCUGGUAACCGUAGGACUGCAAACAUCAAGAGUCUGGGUUACUCUGACCUGUUCUGCCUGAGUAAGGAAGACCUUCGAGAAGUGCUGAGUGAGUACCCACAAGCUCAGACUGUCAUGGAGGAGAAGGGCCGCGAGAUCCUGCUUAAGAUGAACAAGCUGGAUGUAAAUGCAGAAGCAGCUGAAAUAGCACUGCAGGAAGCUACGGAUAACCGCCUGCGUGGUCUUGAUCAGCAGCUAGAUGACCUGCAGACCAAGUUUGCCCGCCUGUUGGCUGAACUGGAGUCCAGCGCCCUUAAGAUAGCUUAUCGUAUUGAGCGACUAGAAUGGCAGACGCGGGAAUGGCCAGCUCCUGAGGAGGUUGGGGAAGGUGCUGAUGAUGAGGGGGAUGGUGGAGAGGAAAAGGCCUCUUAGACUCAAGGUCACACACACACACACACACACACACACACACACAUAUUCCUUCUUAACUUCAGCUUUAGGAUGACCCCCUAUGACCCUUGCCUUUGGAUGACACAAACCUCAGAGGAGCCCCAGAGAUAUAGGAAAAUGUAUCUAUAAAUAUCCUCAUGUCUUAACAAUUAAACUACAGACAGAGUUACUCUUCUUUGCCCCAAAAGAGGAGAAAGAUGAAAAAAAAUACACAUUCAACUAUUCUAUGCACUGCCACACACUUAGUUUCCAGUUCACACUCAGUAGCACCGUGAGCCACUGACAAUUCUGAAACAUGGCUGUGUGCUAACCCACGGAUACACACUGAAGCUCCCACACACAUUCAUGCCAGUCUUCUCAGUCUCUUACAGAGAUU